CUCAGGAAGCAAAUCGCGUAGCGUCAACGAAGCCCCGAGCGGUUCCCACGUGCGACGUCCGACGUGCGCUCUCACUAUUUUCCCCCGCGAGUGGUGACCCGUGCCGCGACCGCGAAUGUCCGACCGGUGCAAGUCCUGAGUUCCGCUUCCCGCUUCUCGCUCCCCGAGACCUUUCUCCGAACUUUUGGUUUUUUAUAAAGUUUAAGUGAGUGACCUUGGAACCAUGUCUGUGUCGAAAACCAGCAAGUCCUACACGUACCGCUCCACGGGAGGCGCCGGCGACGUGAGCAUCGAGUACUCGCACGACCUCAGCGCUCUCUCCCGGCUCGAGACAAAAAAUGUUUACAAAACAGACAAGAUCCGGCUUUUACAAGAGGAUAUCGAGUCAGAAAGAGAACUUCGUCAGAGGAUCGAAAGAGAAAAAGCAGACUUAAGUGUACAAGUACUUUCAUUGACUGAGAGGUUAGAAGAAGCAGAAGGUGGAGCUGAAAGUCAAUUUGAAAUUAACAAGAAACGAGAUACAGAACUCGCCAAACUACGAAAGCUAUUGGAAGAUGUACAUUUGGAAUCGGAAGAAACGGCACAUUUGCUGAGGAAAAAGCACCAAGAAGUCGUCGUCGACUUCCAGGAACAACUCGACCAGCUCGCAAAAGCUAAAGCCAGAACCGAAAAGGAAAAGGCAAAGUUCCAACAAGAAGUUUAUGAACUGUUAUCCCAAGUGGAAUCCGCAAAUAAGGAACGAUUGAUUGUCGUGAAACACUCAGAAAAAUUAGAGGUAACAAUCCAUGAGUUGAACAUCAGGAUUGAAGAGCUCAACCGCACAAUUAUUGACAUCACCUCACACAAAACAAGAUUAUCUCAGGAAAAUAUCGAGCUCACAAAAGAAGUGCAAGAUCUUAAAGUAAACAUUGAAAAUGCCACCUACUUAAAAUCUCAGAUCGCCGGACAACUGGAAGACGCACGCCGUCGAUUAGAAGAAGAAGAUAGAAGACGCUCACUAUUAGAAUCUAGUUUACACCAAGUUGAGGUAGAACUCGAGUCUCUCCGAGUUCAAUUAGAGGAAGAAUCCGAAGCCAGGUUGGACUUGGAGAGGCAGUUGGUCAAGGCCAACGGAGAUGCCCAGGGCUGGAAGAACAAGUACGACUCAGAGGCCGCCGCCAGGGCCGAAGAAGUUGAAGAACUUCGCCGCAAAUACUCAGCCAGGAUCCAAGAACAAGAAGAGCACAUUGAAACUUUGAUGGUCAAAUUGAGCAAUUUGGAGAAACAGAAAUCCCGACUCCAGAGCGAAGUUGAAGUUCUCAUCAUCGAUCUAGAAAAGGCAAACAACACCGCUAGAGAUCUACAGAAACGCCUAGAGCAAGUGGAAAGAUUCAACAUCGAAUUGAAGACCAGGUUAGACGAAACCACCGCUCUUUACGAGCAAACCCAGAGAGACCUACGCAACAAGCAGUCCGAGCUCCAACGAACAGUCCACGAAUUGGACAAAACUCGCGAACAGAAGGACCAGCUCACCAGAGAAAACAAGAAAUUGGCAGAUGACCUGCACGAUGCCAAGAACACAGUUGGAGAGCUGACCCGUCGUCUGCACGAGCUGGAGAUUGAAUUGCGUCGUCUCGAAAACGAACGAGAGGAAUUGGCCGCAGCCUACAAGGAAGCAGAGGCCGGCCGCAAAGCUGAAGAACAGCGCUCGCAACGUUUGUCAGCUGAAUUGAGCCAGUUCCGUCACGAAGCCGAAAAACGCCUCGCUGAGAAGGACGAGGAAAUCGAAGCCAUCCGCAAACAAACAAGCAUCGAGAUCGAGCAAUUGAACGCUCGUGUGGUCGAGGCCGAGACCAAAUUGAAAACCGAAGUCACUCGCAUCAAGAAGAAGUUGCAGGCCACCAUCACCGAUUUAGAACUUUCCCUAGACGUUGCCAACAAGAACAAUUUGGAAUUACAGAAAGUUGUCAAGAAACAGUCACUACAGCUCACUGAAUUGCAAGCUCACUAUGAUGAAAUCCAAAGACAGUUGGCUGUGACCCUCGACCAAUUGGCUGUCAGCACCCGUAAGAACCAAUCCCUCACUGCUGAACUCGAAGAGAUCAGGGGCAAUUAUGACAAUGCUCUCCGCUCGAAACGACACGCAGAACAGCUGUACGAGGAGUCCCAAGUCAGGGUGAACGAACUGACCACGAUCAACGUGAAUCUCUCGGCGACCCGUGCCAAGCUCGAACAGGAAUUGCAAUCAAUCGCCAACGACUACGAAGAAGUAACCAAGGAACUCAGAAUAGCCGACGAAAGGUUCCAGAGGACACAAGUGGAGCUGAAACACACCGUUGAACACUUGCACGAGGAACAAGAACGUAUCGUCAAGAUCGAGGCCAUCAAGAAGUCCCUCGAGAUCGAAGUCAAGAACUUGUCCGUCCGUCUCGAGGAGGUCGAAGCCAACGCCAUCGUCGGUGGAAAACGUAUCAUCAGUAAACUUGAAGCUAGGAUUCGUGAUAUUGAAAUUGAACUGGAUGAAGAAAAGAGACGCCACGCAGAAACCGUGAAAAUCUUGCGCAAGAAAGAGAGAACAUUGAAAGAAAUCGUCAUCCAGAGCGAAGAAGACCACAAGAACGUCCAAUUACUCCAAGAUACCCUCGAAAAAGCCACACAGAAAUUGAACUUGUACAAGAGGCAACUCCAAGAACAGGAGGGUAUGAGCCAACAGAGUGUGACCCGAGUACGAAGAUUCCAGCGGGAGUUGGAGGCAGCUGAAGACCGAGCUGACACGGCCGAGAGCAACCUGUCCUUAAUCCGCGCCAAGCACCGCACCUUCGUCACCACCAACACCGUCCCUGGAUCCCAGGUCUACCUCGUCCAAGAAACCAGAACUUCCAACACCGAGUCCUAUUAGACUCCUCAUAACUUAUUCGUUUUUUUAUAUUUCAAUAUUUAAUUCAAAUUUGUUUUAUCUCUCACUGUACCAUCCUUUAUUUAUAAUUUACACCAUUAUAUCAUGAAACAAUUCUACCACCUGCACACUUUCUUCCACUCCUAUUGAUGUCAAGGUUGUGCUAAGAAAUUUCUCGUUAACACCUAAUUUAUUAGUAGUCCUGCUGGUGUUUGCAAUAAAUUGUUACCCCCUGCAAUUGUCGGAAAACCUGACCACACCUCUCAUUUAUUUUUUUAUGAAUAUAAUUUGAUGUAUUCCACCCUUACUAUUUUUUUCUAGAAAUUUGUUGAUGGGUAUGAGGCUUGACAUUUAUUGAAUGUACCUAUCAUUUCAUCAUUGAUGAUAAUUUGUUAUACUGCUGAUGGAACAAAAUAAAGCAUUUUCUUCUCUUGCCCAA